UGUUUUCUAUGCAUGAUUUUGUUUUUCUUACAGCAAAGUAUCCAGAGAUAAAAUCCUUGAUGAAACCUGAUCACAGCUUGAUAUGGAUUAUCCUGAUGAUGCUUUUCAUCCAGCUGGUUGCCUUUUACUUAGUGAGAGACUUAGACUGGAAAUGGGUCAUGUUUUGGGCCUAUGUCUUUGGCAGCUGCAUUAACCACUCAAUGACUCUCGCUAUCCAUGAGAUUGCCCACAACUUCACCUUUGGCCACCACAAGACUCUGUGGAAUCGCUUGUUUGGAAUGGUCGCUAAUCUUCCCAUUGGGGUUCCAUAUUCAGUUUCCUUUAAGAGGUAUCACAUGGACCAUCACAGAUACCUUGGCGCUGAUGGCAUCGAUGUGGAUAUUCCUACUGAUUUUGAGGGCUGGUUCUUCUGUACCACUUUCAGAAAGUUUAUGUGGGUUAUUCUUCAGCCUCUCUUUUAUGCUUUUCGACCUCUGUUUAUCAAUCCCAAACCAAUUUCCUAUCUUGAAAUUAUCAAUACCACAGUCCAGAUCACUUUUGACAUUCUUGUUUACAACACAUUAGGAAUUAAAUCUUUAAUAUACAUGUUGGCAGCAACCCUUCUUGGUCUGGGCUUACACCCGAUUUCUGGACAUUUUAUAGCUGAGCAUUACAUGUUCCUAAAGGGACACGAAACUUACUCAUAUUAUGGACCUCUGAAUUUGCUGACCUUCAAUGUGGGUUAUCACAAUGAACAUCACGACUUCCCCAAUGUUCCUGGAAAGAACCUUCCACUGGUGAGGAAAAUAGCAGCAGAAUACUACGACAGCCUGCCCCACUACAAUUCCUGGGUCAAAGUGCUGUACGACUUUGUGAUGGAUGAUACCCUCAGUCCCUACUCCCGAAUGAAGAGGCCGCCAAAAGGCCAGGAGGUCCUGGAGUAAAUCCCACCCCAGCAGAGGGAUCCCCUGCGAAGCCAGAAAAGAGCCCACCCCGCGUGUUCUGUAAGAGGAAGCUUCGGGUGGGCGAGGCCUGGAGCCACCUCCCGCCACCUGGGACCACAGACUCCCUGGAGUCAGCCGCCCUGUGCUACGCCUGCCUCGCUUGUGUGAUGGUCCCUGGGGGGCCUCCACCCAGGUCUGCGACUGUGUAAGCCAGUGUCUUACGAAAACAGCUAAUAAACUCACCUAUUAAUUGCA